AUGCCCGCGCAAAGACCGCCAUUGGAUCCCCGAUCAAUUAUUAAUUGGCAGGCGCCUUGGUGCCUAAAAUCAAACCACGAUAACCCUGCAGUCAAGCUACUGAAAAUUUCAGCUGGCACAAGAAACCUCAAGCUUGGCCAAAUAAUUCAUGCCCAUUUGUUAGUAUCCAACCAAGCCUCCGAAAACAAUGUUGCUGAGAACAAUACUUUGCUUAAUCUUUAUGCCAAAUGUGGCCAAUUAUCAACUUCGAACCAUUGUUUGAUGGGAAUGCGGAUGAGAAAUGUGGUGUCAUGGGGCACCUUAAUGGCUGGGUAUUUCCAUUCUGGGUUUUGUUCAGAGGCUCUUGAAUUGUCGCGAGACAUGGUUAAAGUGGAUAAUUUGCGGCUUAAUAAAUAUGUUUUGUCCACAGUUCUUUCUUGUUGUGCCGAUGAUGGCUUGUAUUGUAAAGGUCAGCAAUGUCAUGGGUAUGCGGAGAAGUCUGGAUUGAUUUUCAAUCAACAUGUGAAGAACGCACUUGUGUGUAUGUAUUCGAUAUGCGAGGAUAUGGAAGGGGAUAUGAGGGUUUUUAAUGGGGUGCCUGGCCUGGAUAUUUUCACGUAUAAUUCGCUUUUGACUGCACUUUUGGAACACGAGUCUUUGAGUGAAGCAUUGGAUGUUUUUAGGAGGCUGCUAGAGGCGGAUGUGGAGUGGGAUGGUGUCUCUUACGUGGGUGUUCUGGGCCUUUGUGCUUGUCUUAAGGAUUUGAAGUUGGGCUCACAAGCUCACAGUAGAAUGUUGAAAACCGGUUUCAAUUCUGAUAUGUUUGUGAAUUGUGCAAUGUUAGAUAUGUAUGGAAAAUGUGGUGAGAUUAUGAAAGCAAGAAAAGCUUUUGGCUCAUUAAAAGCUCGGAAUGUGGUCUCUUGGACUGCAAUCUUGGCUGCUUGCUUGCAAAACGAGUGCUAUGAGGAAGCACUAAAGCUAUUCUUUGAUAUGGAAAUUGACGGGGUUAGGCCAAAUGAGUGCACAUUUGCGGUGCUGUUGAAUUCCAGUGCUAGCUUAUCAGCUGUAGCAUAUGGAAAUUCAUUACAUGCACACAUAGAAAAGGUGGGGUAUGAAGAUUUUGUCAUAGUGGGGAACGCUUUGGUAAAUAUGUACUCGAGGAAUGGAGAUAUUGAAUUGGCUUACAGCGUCUUUGCAAAAAUGCGGUCUCGAGAUCCUAUUACUUGGAAUUCCUUGAUAUCUGGUUACUCUCACCAUGGGUUUGGUAAGGAAGCCCUGACUGUGUUUCGUGACAUGUUAGCUGCAGAAGAGAAACCAAAUUAUGUAACUUUUAUUGGGGUUCUCUCUGCUUGUGGACAUUUGGGUCUAGUAGAACAAGGGUUCUACUAUUUGAACCAUUCCAUGAACAUGCUCGGGAUUGAACCUGCCUUGGAGCAUUAUACCUGUAUUAUUGGGCUUCUGGGAAAGGCUGGACAAGUCGAUGAAGCUGAGAAUUUCAUGAGGUCAAUGCCAGUCAAAUGGGACAUUGUUGCCUGGCGAACUUUGCUUGAUGCUUGUCAUGUACAACGGAAUUAUCGUGUAGGAAUGCGAGCAGCAGAAGUCAUCUUGCAAAUGGAUCCGAAUGAUGUGGGAACUUGUAUCCUGUUGUCUAACAUGCACGCCAAGUUCAAAAGGUGGGAUGGUAUUGUUGAAAUGCGGAAACUAAUGAGAGAAAGAAACAUUAAGAAAGAACCAGGAUUGAGUUGGACAGAAAUAAGAAACAAUACCCAUAUCUUCAUUGCAGGUGAUAACAAGCACCCAGAGUCUGUUGAAAUUCAAAAGAAGGUUAGAGAGCUGUUGGCUGAAAUAAAGCCACUUGGUUAUGUACCAGAUCCAGCUUCUGCACUGCAUGAUGUUGAGAAGGAACAGAAAGUAGAUUAUCUUACUCUCCACAGCGAGAAGCUUGCCAUAGCAUAUGCACUGAUGAAGACACCUCCAAAUGCACCUACUCGUGUCAUCAAGAACCUUCGGAUAUGUGAUGAUUGCCAUUCUGCAGCAAAACUUAUUUCAAAAGUUACAAACAGGCUCAUUGUCAUAAGAGAUGCCAAUCAUUUCCAUACUUUCCGCAAUGGAAUUUGUUCCUGCGCAGAUUAUUGGUAA